AUGGCUGUUCGCGCGCAAUUCGAGAACUCGAACGAAGUCGGUGUCUUCGCUCGUCUUACCAAUUCCUACUGUAUCGUCGCCGUCGGUGCUUCCGAGAACUUCUACAGUGUCUUCGAGUCUGAGCUCCAGGAUGUUAUUCCCAUCUGCCACGCCACCAUCGCCGGAACCCGCAUUGUCGGUCGGUUAACAGUUGGUAACCGCAAAGGUCUCCUCGUUCCUACCACCACCACAGACCAGGAACUGCAGCACCUGCGUAAUACCCUCCCAGAUGAGGUGAAGAUCCAGCGCAUAGAAGAGCGAUUGUCCGCACUGGGCAAUGUCAUCUGCUGCAAUGAUCACGUUGCAAUUGUUCAUCCCGAUCUGGAGCGUGAGACAGAGGAGAUCAUCGCCGACGUCCUCGGUGUAGAAGUCUUCCGUCAAACAGUCGCCGACAAUGUCCUGACUGGCUCAUACAUGUCCCUCUCCAACCAGGGUGGAAUCGUUCACCCCAAGACCUCCGUUCGGGACCAGGACGAGCUCUCCUCCCUCUUGCAAGUUCCUCUUGUUGCAGGUUCCGUGAACCGUGGCUCUCCCGUUGUUGGUGCCGGUAUGGUGGUUAAUGACUGGCUCGCUGUGACUGGUUUGGAUACCACUGCCACUGAGCUGAGUGUUAUUGAGUCUGUGUUCAGAUUGGGUGAGAUGGCACCGGGUGGUACUGGACAGGGUCCCAAUAAGGAGUCUAUUGUCGAGAGUUUCUACUAG